AUGGCAUCAGGUAGCAACACAUACAAACCAUCUUCUUCUGAGCCGAUACCCCUACAAGACCUGUCUCGAUCCCGGAGAGACAGAGAUAGAGGUAGAGAUGGAUACGAAGAUGCUGGCAUGAGCCCUAGCUCCUCGCGCUCGCGUUCUCUAUUGCGUGGAGGAAGCUUAGGAGCAGAAAUCGGUCGGAGGAUAUCGACACACAGAGCAAGAAAGAGCUACGAUAGGGUUCGGGAGGAUAGCCCACCACAAUUUUCUCCACCACCGGUGCCAACGAUUCCCGAUUUACAGGUCCCACACUACGAAAUCGGGGAGCAAUCGGAUCUUCCAUCAAUCGUUGAAGUUAGACAGGGAUUUACAGAGGCAUUGGGGAAUGAGAUUCAUAGAGGUAGCUGGCUACCAAGACGAAAUGCGAAUGAACCACUGUCUCCAUGGGUUGCUGCGGACGACGACGAACUUCCGGGAACAAUUCCUAGCUUCGAGAUGCACAGGGAGGAUGAUACUGCCUAUCUCACCGAGCCGGCAAACAUGCAACCGAUAAGUGGCUUUUCAAACCACAGAAAACAUUUAUCUAGCCACUCCGUAAAGUUUGCUCCGGGACCUUCUUUAGGGGAGGAUCUGCAUUCUGCAGCAGAGGAAGGCCUAGGAGGCGGGGCCCGGUCUAGAUCUGGCUCAGUUGCCUCGAGAUCUGGCUCAUUAACGAAGGGCCGCUCGUUAUCGCCUGGGACUUCGCCUGUCCGGCGAGUAUCAGUUGCUGUUCAGAAUAUGGCCCAACGAGUAGUCAAUGUAAGUAAUGAUCCAGAGGCUAUAGAGCAAACUUUACGCCGCCGUAGCUCUUCAAAAUCUCACCGCGAUGCGCCGGGGCGACCUUCUGUUCCUGCCAUUGAAAUUCACCAACUCGAUGAUACCGAGCCCUCGGACCAAGAGGAAAAGCCCACUACACCCCUUAGAAAUUUCAACCGUCCAGACAACCGUCCAUGGCAUUUCCAGUCCAACCCUCUCAAGGGAAGGACAUUUCGCACAUUUGGCCCGAAUAAUCCUAUCCGACUCUUCCUUUGUGAUAUUUUGGUUCAUCCAAUGGCGGAACCUUUGAUUUUGCUGCUGAUCCUGAUACAAACAAUCCUGCUUACCAUUGAUGCAGCACCUAGUGUUUACAACGACCCUCGUGCCAAGAGCUGGGGUACUUCAAAUAUUGAUUAUGCUUUACUUGUCUUAUUUGUUAUAUACACUCUAGAAAUUAUUGCACGUAUGAUAGUCUCAGGGGUUUUUUUGAACCCCCACCAGGAGAACGAUCCUAGAGGGAGAGGCAAUGUUCGCCGUCAACUUUUCGCAAGGGGUAAAGAACUGUUUUCUCCAAAGAGAAGUCAAUCCGUCAGGGCUCCCUCGCCUGCCCGACCUGACGACCCUCCAUCCUUAUUAAGAACAAUCACCACCAAUUUCCAGUUCGAUGGCGGACCAACAACUGUUCAGUCUCUUGCUCGAAAUCGCAUGGCACGGCGUGCAUUUCUUCGUCACUCCUUUAACCGACUAGAUUUUGUUGCGGUUGUUUCACAUUGGAUAUCUCUGUACCUUUGUAUCACUGGUUUGGAGGCGGAAAAACAUUUUGGUACUUCGGUAAUUCUACGAAGCUUGAAAAAAGCCGCACCUUUGCUGGUGAAUGUGGCACUACUCAUUGGAUUUUUCUGGCUUAUAUUUGCAAUAAUUGGAGUACAAAGCUUUAAAAGUUCACUCAGGAGAACAUGCGUUUGGGUAGACCCUGAAGGCGUACAGGGUAAUUACACACAGGAUUUUCAGUUCUGCGGGGGGUAUAUCGAUGCGUCUACAGGCCUUGAGUUACCAUAUGUCUACACUGACGGCACGUCAGGAGCCAAAAAGGCCAAAGGAUAUAUCUGUCCUGUGAAUUCCCUCUGUGUUGCUGAUGUUAAUCCAUAUGGUGGAACUGUCAGCUUUGAUAAUAUCAUUCAGUCAUUCGAAUUGGUAUUUGUGGUCAUGAGCGCAAAUACAUUUUCUAGUCUGCUUUACUACAUGGCUGAUAGCGAUUAUCUCACAGCUGCCUUAUUUUUUGCUUUCGGGAUUGUUAUUUUAGCGUUUUGGCUGGCAAAUCUCUUGAUCGCCGUUAUCACAACCUCAUUCCAAGUAAUUCGAGAAGAGUCAAGGAAGUCUGCGUUUGCGGCCGAGGAUGAUGAUGGGCUAAAUAAGGACGACGUGAUCAAAGUGAAAGAAAAGAAGAGCUUUGUGAAAAGGGUUUAUGAGGGCACUCGACUGUUUUGGAUUACAGUUAUUGCAAUCGGCCUUUUUUCUUCCACUUUCCGCAGUUCUUCUAUGAGUAAAGAUAGGGAGAUAUUAAUUGAAGACCGUGUUGAGCUUGGAGUUACUGUUAUUCUUUCGGUUGAGAUAGUGCUUCGAUUUCUAUCUGAUUGGCGUGGCUUUCGCAGAAGCAAACAAAACUGGGCGGAUCUUGCCUUGGUUGUGAUUACCUGCAUAAUUCAACUUCCACCAAUUCACAAUUCCGGAAGGGUCUAUGAAUGGCUUACAUUGUUUCAAAUCCUUCGGGUGUAUCGAGUCGUCUGGGCGAUUCCUGCCACCCGGAAUCUCCUGUCGAAAGUUAUUGGUAACGUGUCUGGAUUGACUAACUUGAUACUAUUUGUACUACUCCUUACAUUCCUAUGUGCUCUAUUUGCGGUCCAGAUUGUUCGAGGAGACUUGCCUGCAGAAUAUCAAGGUGAAACAUCACCUAUAACGUUCAACACGAUAUUCAAUGCUUUCUUGGGCAUGUACGAAAUAUUUUCCAGCGAAAACUGGACGGGGAUCUUAUACAUGGCUACUGAUGUCCAGUCACAAUAUAACGUUGGAUGGAUUACUGCCACAUUUUUGAUUGGCUGGUUUAUUUUGGGAAAUUUUAUUGUGUUGAACAUGUUUAUUGCUGUCGUUCAAGAGAACUUUGACGUGACAGAAGAUGAAAAACGAAUAUAUCAAGUCAAAGCAUUUCUACAGAACAAAGAUUAUUCAGCUCCAACCCAAGGAAUAUCUUUAUCUAGUAUUUUUGGCGGGAAAAAGCGCCCCAAGGACCCUCAUUCACGGCAAGCUGCGUUCGAAAUGUUGACAAAACAAGCUGUUGUCGAAUCAUUUUUGGAUGAAGGACAGAUUCACAGCCGUCAGCCUCUUACACGGGCUGCCGCCAUCGAUUUCUCCGCAGCUGUAGAUAAUGUGAAUGCCGAACAAAAAAGGAGACACAAUCCAUUCAAAAAGCUGCACGACAAAAUCGUUAAAUUGUUCCAAGGAGAUAAGGAGCCAAAUCCAUUCUAUUCUUUCCAGACUCGAUCUGUUGCGAAUCUCGCACCAACUGCGAUGGCCCAGGAAGUCGUGAUGGAGGCAGAACAGCGAAAGAAGGCCCAACGGGAGUACCUGAGGAAGUACCCGAACUACAAUGUCUCUUUAUUCAUUUUCACGCCCUCAAAUCCCCUGAGACGCCUUUGCCAACGAAUGGUAGGGCCUAGUCGGGCACAUAUACGUUAUGACGGAUUACCGCCGUACACACCUUUCAGUUAUGCCUUCUCCAUCAUUGUGUAUUGCGCAAUAGUUGCUAUGGUUAUCAUUGCCUGCGUGACAACUCCACUUUACCAAAAACAGUACUUUGAAACCUAUGGCAGUUCACUCAAAAAUUGGUUUACUUUUUCCGAUCUCGGCUUCGUUGCACUCUUCACCAUUGAGUCGACUAUCAAGAUCAUCGCAGAUGGAUUAAUCUGGACCCCAAAUGCCUACCUUCGGGGAUCAUGGGGUGUUAUUGACUGCGUAGUCCUUGUAACCCUUUGGAUUAGUGUCGGAACAUCCCUACAAAAUCAAGGCGAGAUUUCUAGAUCUGUUGGAGCUUUUAAGGCUUUGCGUGCUCUACGUCUACUUAAUAUAUCCGGCAGUGCACAAAAUACCUUCCAUUCAGUUGUCAUUGUUGGUGGCAAGAAGGUUCUUUCCGCUGCCUUCGUCUCCCUCAGUUUGAUUAUUCCAUUCGCCAUUUACGGCGUCAAUCUUUUUGCUGGGCUAAUGGAUAGUUGCAAUGACGGGUCCAGCGACAUCACAAAUCUGUCAGAUUGUGUUCAUGAAUAUGCUAGCACACCAUUUCAGUGGGAUGUUUUAGCACCACGGGCAGUAGACAACCCAUAUUUUAACUUUGAUAACUUUGGAAGUUCAUUAUUUAUCCUCUUUCAAAUUGUAUCUCAGGAAGGAUGGACGGGUGUGAUGUUUAACGCUCAAAGCAUUGUUGGAAGAGGUCAACAACCUCAGCCGUUUGCAUCUGAUGUGAACUCCAUCUUUUUUCUUGCUUUUAACUUGCUUGGUGCCGUCUUCGUCUUGACAUUAUUUGUGUCGGUUUUCAUGCGCAAUUAUACAGAACAAACCGGGGUUGCAUUCUUAACUUCCGAACAAAGAUCAUGGCUAGAGCUCCGGAAGUUACUCCGUCAAAUCCGUCCCUCAAAGCGCCCCAAUAAAGGCUCCAGCUCCUCGUGGAAGAAUUGGUGCUACGACCGUGCUACACAUAAGCAUGGAUGGUGGCAGAGAGCGCUGACUGUCGUAUUAAUCUUCCAUGCCGUGCUUUUGCUCAUUGAAUAUCAUCCAGCACCGCCUGGACUAGACCGUGUUAGAGACUGGAUAUUUUUGGGAUUUACAUUUAUUUUCGUCCUCAACCUGGUUAUUAGAGUGAUAGGGUUGACAUGGAGCAAUUUCUUGAAGAGUAGAUGGGACAUCUAUGCGUUGAUGUCUGUGAGUGGCACGUCGAUCACGACUGUGCUUCUUCUAGCCGGAUACGAAGAACGCACAUUCAUACAGCUCCAAAAGCUUUUCCUGGUUUCGAUUCUGAUGAUGUUGAUUCCACGGAACGAUGACCUUGAUCAUCUGUUCAAAACGGCAGCAGCAUCUUUGACAGCAAUCGGUAGCUUGAUGGCUACGUGGUUUGUUUUGUUUUUAGUCUAUGCCAUUGCAUUCACACAAACCUUUGGUUUAACAAAGAUUGGUCCAAACGGAAAUGGAAAUAUGAACUUCAGAACUGUCCCUAAGGCAUUAAUUUUACUGUUUGUGAUGACUUGCGGUGAAGGAUGGAAUCAGGUCAUGAGCGACUACGAGGUUACAGUUCCUAUGUGUGUUCGUGGCGACAGCUUUUACGACAGCGAUUGCGGGAGCCAAGGAUAUGCGCGCGCAUUGUUUGUCUCAUGGAAUAUCAUUAGCAUGUAUAUCUUCGUGAGCAUGUUCAUCUCCCUUAUUUUCGAGAGCUUUAGUUACGUCUAUCAACGGUCAGGGGGCUCCUCUGCAGCGUCUAGGGCGGAGAUAAGAAAAUUUAAGGAAGCUUGGCAAAGGUUUGAUCCAGAGGGUACAGGAUAUAUUUCCAAGGAAUACUUUCCCCGGUUAUUAGGGACUUUGACCGGAAUAUUCGCAAUGAGAAUAUAUGAAGAGCCUUUUACAGUCCACGAAAUAUUAAGGAAAGUCCGUGUGGAGCAAAGAAGUAGUACUGGGCGCACGCCGAGAGUUGUAGAAGGCGUUAACCUCGACACUUUGAAUAAGUGUAUUGCGGAAAUACCGAAACAGAAAAUCCAGAAGCAGCGACAAAUCUAUACUCUUUUCUACGAGGAAUGUCUUGUAUCAGCUGAUAAGGAUUAUGGCGUUGAGUUUGGCACUGUCCUAUUGGUUUUGGCUCAUUACAAAAUUAUCAACGAUAACAAAAGCUUAAAACUAGAGGAGUAUCUACGCCGCCGUUUCAGACUGCAAAGGGUGGAAGAGCAGAUCCAACGAAAUUGCGUCAGAAAUUUUUUCUUAACACUGUAUUGGUCCAAGAGGUUCAAAAAUCGCGUAAGAGCAAGGAUGUCUUCCAGAAAGGCACUUGGGAUCAAUACCCAAGUUCCCGAAAUAUUCGUCGAUGACGGGAGCUCCCACCAGACUAGUAGUCCGCUUGUUCCUAAAAUAUUGGUAGACGAUGGAGAAAUUCCUGCCACUUCUAGUACUUCGUCAGCAACUACUCCAAGAGAAAUAUCUCCCACCCCAAUCAGGCAAGUACCACCUCCGCUGGAUUUGAGCGGCGAGUCUUUCAAUUUCAAUGAACCAAUAACCACUUUUGGAUCAUCAUCUGCCGCACAAUUCAGCAACUCUGAUCCGUUUGCGUUUGGGUCGCCAUAUUCAAUGGAGGAAUCUCCGUCAAUCCUCAGACAAAGACCUGGUAGAGGAAUAAACUCCGAUCUCUCACCCUCAGGAAGCCCGACUGGCGGUAGUCCAAAUAUGAGCCCUAGUAUAAGCCCGGUUGCAAGUCCGCGUCUGGGACCACUAGGAGGAGGCUUGGUGCGCACCGGGUCCGGGAAUGAUAGCGCUUCUCGCUCACGGCAAGGUAGUGAAGUGAUGUCGCAAAAUGUGUUGGAGGUUCUUCAAUCGUCGGAGUGGGGCGACCAAAUUCGCUCGUACAUUGAAAGCCGAUCGGGAAAUAACUCUCCUACUAAUCAGGGAGGCCCGCGUAGUCCUCGCUAG